AUGAAGAUGGAGAAAAGAAAAAGAGCUGAUUUAGAUGAAUCAAAACACAAGUGUGAAGAAGAGGAAAGUCAAUUGAAAUUAAAGAAAGUGAAGAAAGUAUCUUCGUCUUUGAUACCUUUGAAUAACAACAAAAUGAAUUUCACUACAUUACGUAUCAGAGCAUCACCAAAUUCAAUGUUUAAGAUUAUUAAGAAGCUUAGUUUUGAGCAGAAGAAAUGUGUGAAAGAACUUGGAUUUAAAAGUUUAUUGAAGUUGGAAAUUUAUGAUUUACCUUUAAGACUUAGCUAUUAUGUUGUUCAUAACUUUGAUUAUGAAAAAAUGAUACUAAAAGUUAUGAACAGUGAAAUUAAGGUAGAUAGUCAAAGCGUAAAUGAGAUGUUGGGAAUUCCAAUUGGAGAAAAAGAAGUGGAUCAACUUCCAUUCCGACCUAAAGAUGAUCAAUGUUAUAAUAGGUGGAUAAAGCAAUUUGCUGAUAAAAACAACAUCAAAUUGAAAGAUAUCGUAAAUGCAAUUAUUUCAACAAAAGAAGCUGAUUUCAAUUUCAAAUUGAAUUUCAUUGUGUUGUUUUGUAACACACUGGUUGAAGCUACAUCAAUGGGGAAAUUAAAUGAUAAGAUAUUGAAAAAAAUAUCAAGUGAUACAUAUUUUUCGAAGAUCAAUGGGUGUUCUUAUAUGAUUGAAUCAUUGAUUACAAAGACGAGAUCAUAUUCAGUAUCCAAAAACAAGAGUUAUUUCAGUGGACCGGUCACAUACUUACUAUUGUUGUAUGUUGACCAUGUUCAUUUUGAUGGGGAAAAUGCUGCUCGUCUACGUCCAGCAAUAAAAAGCUGGAAUUCUCACAAAUUGAGUCAAAGAGAAAAGCGUGAGAUUGAAGUUGGGAUGUUUGGAACCGGAAAGGUUCUUCAAAGACUGCAAAAUACAAAGGAUAUAAAAGUUGAGCAUGUAUUGGAAGGAGAGAAAAGUCAACAUGAGCAAAUAGAUGCCGAAUUUAAUGCUGAUCAAUUUUUGGUGAAGGACAUAGAUUGUAAUUUUAAAGAGGGAGUUGAUACACUUCAAACAUCUUCUGCAGUUGAUACAAUUAAAACAUCUUCUGCAGUUGAUAGACUUCAAACAUCUUCUGCAGUUGAUACGAUUCAAACAUCUUCUGCAGUUGAUACGAUUCUUCUGCAAUUGAUACGAUUCAAACAUCUUCUGUAG